AUGGUUCCACAGCAGCCUCCUGAGGCUCCUCAGCAGCCCAAGGUCCGGAUUGGAUUGGACCACUUCAAUUUCCUGGCGGUCCUGGGUAAGGGUAACUUCGGAAAGGUCAUGCUGGCAGAGACGAAGAGCACCAAGAGGCUGUACGCCAUCAAGGUGUUGAAGAAGGAGUUCAUCAUCGAGAAUGACGAAGUGGAAAGCACGAAGUCCGAGAAGCGAGUCUUCAUGAUCGCGAACAAGGAGCGUCACCCCUUCUUGCUGAACCUGCACGCCUGUUUCCAGACGGAGACUCGUGUUUACUUCGUCAUGGAAUACAUUAGCGGUGGUGAUCUGAUGUUGCACAUUCAGCGCGGCCAGUUUGGUCUCAAGCGAGCACAGUUCUACGCUGCGGAGGUCCUGCUGGCACUCAAGUAUUUCCACGAGAACGGUGUCAUUUACCGUGAUUUGAAGCUCGAUAAUAUCAUGUUGACCCUGGACGGUCACAUCAAGGUUGCUGAUUACGGUCUUUGCAAGGAGAACAUGUGGUAUGGUGCAACCACGAGCACGUUCUGUGGUACUCCGGAGUUCAUGGCCCCCGAGAUUCUCCUGGAUAAGAGAUAUGGCCGUGCUGUUGAUUGGUGGGCAUUCGGUGUCCUUAUCUACCAGAUGCUUCUUCAACAGUCUCCAUUCCGUGGUGAAGAUGAGGACGAAAUCUACGAUGCUAUUCUUGCCGACGAGCCGCUAUACCCCAUCCACAUGCCUCGCGACUCGGUCUCGAUUCUCCAGAAGCUCCUCACCCGUGAGCCGGAACUGCGUCUUGGCUCCGGACCUACCGACGCCCAAGAAGUCAUGUCCCAUGCCUUCUUUAGGAACAUUAACUGGGAUGACAUCUACCACAAGCGGGUGCCCCCGCCGUUCAUGCCUCAAAUCAGCAGCCCUACCGAUACUAGCAACUUCGACCAGGAGUUCACCAGCGUCACUCCUGUCCUGACACCCGUACAAUCAGGUGCGGAGGGAAGGCACUAG